CAUCCCCUUUACCUCAGUCUUCUUCUUAGCCGGAGACACUUUUUUUACCCGUAAUUUGAUAUCAGAUUUUUUACUUUAGUUUUCUAUAAUGGCAUCAUGGACACCGCGACAAAACAAGCAAUUUGAAGACGCUCUAGCGUAUUACAACAAGGACAGUCCUGACAGGUGGCAUAACAUUGCUAAGGCUGUAGGUGGAAAAUCGGUCGAAGAGGUGAAGAGACAUUAUGAUAUCCUUGUAAGGGAUAUCAUGCGAAUUGAAGCGGAUCAAGUGCCUUUACCUAAUUAUCGGGAUAUUGGAAGAAACGGCCGGGGAUAUGAAAAUGAUCAGAGGCUUCUAAGAAUCUAAAGCUACAAUGAUGCUAUGGGAAGAUAUUACACUAAUAACAAGGUUCAUGAAGGGAUAGCAAAAGGGUUAUAGGAAGAAAUUAAGAGGUGGAAUAUCAUAUGUGCUUGUGUGCAUUAUUAUAAUUAUGUUCCCCAUUUAGUCAUGUUUGCAAUUUAACUCAAACUGGAGGUUAAAUUUGCAGGAAAUAAGUGGCAUGUAUUAUGUUAUAGUCUCAAGUUUGAGAAUGUAUAAAAUUGUGUGGUUUCAUC